UCAUCUUUCCAUGACUUCCAUCAACAACAGAACACUUGAAAAUGUCGAAUUCUCCAUCCAAAACCUAAUCAAGAGCUGGUGCAGACGGCAAAAAUGGCGACAACUUUGCCUGUUCUCCCCAAAACAACACCAACAAGAACUCACCUCCACCGAACCACGGUGGAGAAUCACUUUAUCUGAGUUCCUGGAGUCAUACCAAGUUCGCCUUUUCACCAUCUUCUUGCUCUCUCUCGACAUUGUCCUAAUGUCCCUCGAACUAUCUUCCUCUCUCCUCUCCUGCACAUCAGCCAAGAAGACGUCAAACAAGGACGAAUGGUUCCGUUGGGGAGGAACCGCCAUUCUGAGCAUCCUCGCCGUUAAAUCCACGGCUCUAGCUGUUGCUAUGGGGAAAUCGUUUUUCAGACAACCUGGCUGUGUGAUGGACGGUGCGGUUGCCCUUAUAGCUCUGGUUCUCCAGGUGUUUCUUGACAGGAAAGGGACAGGUUUCAUCGUUGUGGUGAGCUUGUGGCGGGUUUUGAGGGUUGUGGAGACUGCUUUCGAGCUUAGCGAUGAAGCUAUUGAAGUGCAGAUAAAUGGAAUCAUCAGCCAGUUUCAAGAUCUUAGUCAAGAGAAUAGAACAUUGCUAGAGACUCUUGCAGAGAAAGAUGAAGUCAUCAAGAAGCUAGAAGAAGAGAUAAACCAAUUCAAAGAAACUGUAACAAACCAAUCAUAGGGAGGCUAUGUAAACUCAAUAUGCAGAAACUGUAACUCUCUCUCUCUUUUGUAUUGUUUCAAGCAACAUAAUCAAAGUAAACUC